AUGGUCGCGUACACCCGCUUGAACUUGUUGGCGACGAUGGCUACGCCCUGUGUGCGGAAGAGGUUGAGGCACUUCUUGUGGAGGGGGAUAGGUGGCGUCUGUUAUUCGAUGCACAGCAGCCUCAUACCCCAGUUUCAAAACUCUGCCCUCAGACCGAGCUCAUACUGCCUAUAA